AUGGCACAAAGACCAUCGAUUCCGUUCACGGAUGGAGGUUUAUGGAAUACUCGAAAGCCGCAAUAUAGUACAGAAACAACCAAAUUACUUAAAACACUUAUGGAUGAAUCUCGAGUGAACAAUUUUCAGCGUCGACAGCUAACAAGUCACAUGCUUCGUGGUGAAUCUUUACCGGAAAAGCUCGGUCCCUCAUCGACACAAACAAAAGCACCUGCAAUGAAGCGCGUGGAAAGCUCCCGCUCAACAAGAACGUCACACGGAUCAGGAGUACGCUCAUACAAUGAUAUUGUUAGUUCUGGUGCUUAUAUACCUGCUGAUUAUCAACCAAGACCGAUGAAAGCUCGCACAGAGCAAGACAAGGAUCGUCUAGCACAUAUGAUGGCCUAUGGUAUUGAUCCAACAAAAGUGUCGUCAAAACCAGCACAACGAUCACCUACACCACCGAAAGAACUUGAUCGAUUCGAUGAAUUGGUACUCGAAAUUGAAGAACGAAAACAAUUUCUGGAUCAAAUGGCUGCAAUUGGAAAGCGAAAAGAUUAUCAGCAAGUGAUUUCGAAUGAAAUUGCUGAAAAAAUACGUGAAAUGGAGCAGAUCGAUCGUCAACGUUCAAAAGCGUUAGAAAAACGUUUAAAUGAACGUUCUUGA